GAGCUUGGGGGCCAGGAGGGAGGGGACUAGGGCAGGUCCCAUUAGGAAUCCCCCUCCCUCCAAGCCCUCUUUUUUUCCCCCUAUUUGCUAGAGACCCAGAGAUUAGGUCCCAGUUUUCAAAGGAGGGGUAAAGUAUGGUUGGAGAUUGGCCAGAGAGGCAAGGCCCAGAGGCGUCAAUGUGAGCAGCCUCUCCAGGGCACAAGGCACAGAGAAAAAGGAGUCUCCAGGAUCUCAAGCAGAAUGUCUCAGGAGAAUGACAGAUGGAAGACAGAGAUCUUGGUGGAUGAGCUUGCUGCCAUGAGGCUGCAGAAGCUGGAUCAGCAGAGGCGGCUGUUUGAGAAGAAGCAACGACGGAAGCGCCAAGAACCUCUCAUGGUUCAGGCCAAUCCUGAUGCUUCCCUGAGGCUCCGGCGACUGCAGCGGCCGGAGAAGUGCCUUCUGGGUGACAGCGGCCUUGGGAACCCUUUCCUCCAGAAGAACGUGCCAGAGGCACAUCUGCGUUGUGGUGCCCACAGUGUCCUGGGUACCGUGAGCUGUGGUGGAGAUGGCUGCGGUGAGCACGGCCGCCUGAUGUUGCCGACAGAAGCAGACAGUUCUGAUUCGGAGUUGGAGGAAGUCUGGGUGGAGGAUGUUUUCAUCUCUCCUCCACCUGAAAAAGAGCCUCGGGGAACUCGACGCAGGGGUUGGUCUGCCAACCAAGGACCUGGGGCCAGUGUGGAGGAGGAGAAUAAAUCCCAGGAUGUUGCAGAUGAAUGUGAGGUGCCCUACCUGGAACCAAACCCUGGAAUGGAUGGUGACCUGGGACCUGGAAACUCCCAUCAGGUGGAAGACCUGGAAGAGAAGAAAGAGGAGUUGGAGUUUACGGAGAUGAAUGCCCUAGCAACAACCAACCAGGAGACGUCCAAGGCCCUGGAGGGCUUUGUUGAUAUUGGUAGCAGCAAUGUGGACAGCUUGACUUACCUGGCACCCAGUUUCCCAUGCUUACAGCGAAGCGAGGACAUGGAGGCAUAUGUGUUGCAGCCAGUGAUCCGAGGCAUCACGUUGCAGUGCCGCAUUAGUCGUGACAAGCAUGGAUUAGAAAAAACCAUGUUCCCCUCCUACUAUCUCUACAUGGAGGCAGGCAAUGGCCGGAAGCACUUCCUACUGGCUGGGCGAAAGAGAAAAAGGAGCAAAACCUCGAAUUACGUCAUCUCCGUGGACCCCACAGACCUAUCUCGGGAUGGGUACAACUUUGUGGGCAAAGUCAGAUCCAAUGUCUUGGGCACCAAGUUCACCAUCUUUAACAACGGGGUGAAUCCCUCCAGAAAGAAUUUCUUCCAGGAUACUGCACAGAUCAGACAGGAGCUGGGAGUUGUGUGUUAUGAGACCAACGUUUUCGGAUUGCGGGGCCCUCGGAAAAUGACUGUGAUUAUCCCAGCAGUAGACAGCCAAAACCAGAGAAUCAUUUUCCAGCCACUAAAUGAACAGGAGUCGCUAAUGAGUCGCUUCCAACGGGGCUCCACGCAGGGGUUAGUCCUACUGCAAAACAAAACUCCUUUGUGGUGCGAGGAGAGCAGUGCCUACGUGCUCAAUUUUAGUGGUCGAGUCACUCGGGCCUCAGUGAAGAACUUCCAGAUCGUGCAUCCGGAAGACCCGAGGUACCUGCUGCUCCAGUUCGGCCGUGUGGCCCCAGACACUUUCACCAUGGACUUCUGCUACCCGCUUUGUCCACUCCAAGCCUUUGCCAUCUGCUUAUCCAGUUUAGAUGGGAAGCUGGCCUGUGAGUAA